ACUAGGAGCGGUGACUCCGACCUAGUUGGGAUUUAUCGAGAGAACACGUUUGCUGGUUGCCGUUGCAAUCAACCGGAAAGUGUGAACAGAGAAUCGUCAGUGCUAUCUACCAAAUCCUUGUUCUAGGAAGUAUCAACCAUCAUCUGGGGACGUAUACAUCACACCACUCAAUUGGGGGCAGUCGAUGAUUCACUAGCAUAUGGAAACGAAGAAGACACACGAUUGGGAACUCGCCUGCUGCCGCUGCACUUGAUCGAGAUGUUUAGACGGAGAAGAAGAAGAAGAGGGCAGGGGAUAUUGUUCCAAAACCAGAAGAACAAAAAUCAAAGAUGUUCUUCGAUUUCCCUAGUCAAUAGAUUCAAUAGUUGGCAACUUGUCGGCCGCUGCUACACCCGAUUGAGAGUUUGGGACGUUGGGAGUGUUCAGACUUAAGAUUUCAAACGGAUAAAAAGAAGAAGAAAAGGGAGGGGGCUAGGCUUCCAAAACCUGAUUAACAAAUUAACUUUCGCAGGCCUUGCCUCCAUCCGCUCGAGCACUUCGAAGCUUUGCGAUCGCCAUUUUUCUUGUUCUCUGGGAAGGAGAUUUGGGACUGAAAGGUCAAAAUGCCUUUGCUGAAAAUGUUUUUAGAAACAGAAAAAUCAAAUAAUUAUUUCUUAACACAGAAAAGGGAAAAAAAUUGUUUUUGCAAUUUCUAGACAAAAUCAAACGGACCCUCAGUCAAUAUAAGAAAGACUAUUUGAAAUGACCAAGAAGUCCUACUUUUUCGAGCCCGCGAGUGAGCGAGUCUCCAAGCCCUCUUGGGGUUUUCAGAAUCGGAACCUCUUUUUUCCCCUGACGAAAGCAAGCUGAGAAUCGUUUAGCACUACAAGUUUUGGGUUCUCAAACAAACCAUCGCAGGCCCUUAUAAGUUGUAAUUAUCGAAGAAAGUUCUUUCUUUUUUUUCCAAAAAUUUUCAUGGACACACCCAAUCCCUCGUCCCUUCGAGUCCUGGUUCGUCCCUCUUCAUCGACUGCAACUGCUUCGUCUUCUGCCUCUGCAAUCACUCUCGCUUCGCCUUCUUUGUCUUCUGCUUCUUCUACUGCUACUACUACUCCUGCUCCAACAAGAAGCACGUUAGAACCCCCUCUUUCAUCUGGGACUCCGGUUUCAAUCAACCCCUCAGCCUUGUCUUCAUCGUCGACGUCGGGUUCGGCAUCUGCUUUAUCUCAAUCUGUAUCUUCAGAAAGCGGCGUUGUUGUUGUGGGUUUUAUUGGGAGGAGAGAGGAUGAUGUUACCCAACUCAUCAAUCGGAUUCUUGAUGCCAAUGUCUUUGGAUCAGGCAAUCUCGAUAAAAGAUUUCCAAUUCAGUCACGCAGUACGGGAGAAGAGGAACUGGGACAAGCGGCGAAGGAUUGGUUCCGAAGUAGGAGGAUCAGUUAUUAUCACGAUGAGGAGAAAGGAAUCCUAUUUUUGCAGUUUUCAUCCAUUCAAUGUCCGGCUUUUGAAAGACUGUCCGAAUCUUCUCCAGGAUUUGAGUCCGUAUUGGAAGAAUGCGAUUCUGGGGACCUCCAGGGGAUGCUCGUUAUGUUCUCUGUUUGCCAUUUAAUUAUCUUCCUUCAGGAGGGAUUGCGCUUCGAUACCCAAAUAUUGAAAAAUUUCCGAAUGUUACAAGCUGCAAAACAUGCUUUGGCUCCAUUUGUGAAAUCCCGGAUUGUACCAUUAUUUACGGCCAAAUAUUCCUCUUCAUCCCCUUCACAAUCAACUGUUCCAGGGACUUCCUCCAAAAAUUCCUCUCCAAGCAGAAGUGUUAGCAUCACUGGACGUCACACUUCCGCUAUUUCGCUCAUGUCGGGGUUGGGUUCCUAUGCUUCUUUAUUUCCAGGCCAAUGCACGCCAGUUAUGCUUUUUGUUUUCCUUGAUGAUUUCCCAGAUGGCCUAACUCAUGGGUCACAUGUAGAGGAGUCAUCGGAUACCUUGUCGUCAACUGGUUUGAAUGGUGUACCUCGGCCAAGUUUGUCCAUGAAAGGUUCAAUUCCUGUUGUUAUGCUUGCACGCCCAACUAGUAAAUCUGAAGGUAGUUUCAAGAAGAAGCUACAGUCAUCUCUUGAUGCGCAGAUCCGUUUUUUAAUUAAGAAAUGCCGUACGCUAGCUGGCUCUGAGGUCAGUCAUUCUGGGUCAAGAGGUGGGGGCAGUGCAAAUUCAGCACCUUUGUUUUCUCUUGACGCUUCAAGGGCCGUUGCUCUGUUGGACAGGUUAAUGAACCAGAGAGGUGAAUCUCUGGAUUUUGCUGCUGGUAUUGUGGAUGAUGUUAUAACUGCAAAGGCAUCCUCUGACACACUUCUGCUCGAAAGUCACAACCAGAGUGCAAAUAAAGAGGAUAUUCAAUCUGUAAAGGAGUUUAUCUAUAGGCAGUCUGAUAGCCUAAGAGGGAGAGGUGGCUUAUCGACCAACACCAACAGCGGCUCUGCUGCUGGUGUCGGUAUGGUAGCUGUUGCUGCAGCUGCCGCAGCCGCCUCAGCUGCCUCUGGGAAGUCAUUUACGACUCCUCCCGAACUUCCUACUUUGGAGAACUGGUUAUUGUCCAGUCAACUUAUUGUAGAUGCUCUCCUUUCUGCUAGACGCCGGAGUCUUGAGGAAAAUGAAUUCAGCAAAAGAAAGCCUCCUAGACGGAACGCUGCUUCAUCAAAGGUUGAUGGAGUUGCUUCUGGAGGAACAGAUCCUAGAGAAGCUGCUGUAUCUUGGCUGGAAAGUGGUAAAGGCCUGAACAUGAAAUUUUCAACUGCAUGGUGCCAGCGAGUUCUACCAGCUGCAAAGGAGGCUUAUCUGAGAGAUUUACCUGCUUGUUAUCCAACUUCCUUGCAUGAGGCACAGCUACAGAAAGCAUUACGUGCUUUUCAGUCAAUGGUCAAGGGGCCUGCUGUGCAUUCUUUCUCUAAUAAGUUAGAAGAAGAAUGCACAUCCAUUUGGAGAUCGGGGAGGCAGCUCUGUGAUGCUGUUAGUUUGACAGGAAAACCAUGCAUGCAUCAGAGACACAAUGUUGAGAUUGGUGGUUCACUUUUAGGAGCUGAGGUCAAACAACAUUCCAGUGGAUUUGUUUUUCUUCAUGCUUGCGCUUGUGGCCGUUCCCGGCGCUUGAGAGAUGAUCCUUUUGAUUUUGAAACUGCCAAUGAUACUUACAGUUUCUUUCCUGAAUGCGAUAGGCCCCUUCCAGCUCUUCAACUACCAAAAGUAAGCAAUACAGGUCCUAUACUGCCCUCCUCAUGGAGUCUGAUUCGACUUGGAGGUGCACGGUAUUAUGAACCUUCUAAAGGCUUGCUUCAAAGUGGUUUCUGCGCUAGUGAGAAGUUUCUUUUGAAAUGGACAAUUUUGCUUGAGAAACCAAAAAAGCCAAAGACUUCGUCAGUGGGUGCAACUCAGAAAGGAGCUGUAAUCAUGUCUGAGGAACCCAAGGCUGAAUCUUCUACAGAAGAAGUAAAGAAAGCCAGUGGGGCUCAGUCAUUCCCAGUAGGUGUACAAAAUGGAGUAGGAAGUCAUAGAACACACUCAGAGAAUGUUUCUGAUGAUAAGAAAAUCAGUUUUGGUAGGGGUCUUCCACAUUUUACAAUGAGGAAACCUUUUUCUGAGGUUGUUGCUGGAUCAGUAGCUGCAGAUUUGGCUUUUCCUCCUCUUCAGCAGAGGAAACAGCCUGUGGUGGGUUCAGAAAAAGGUAGGAGAAGUGGUGCAAGAAAUAGAAGUGAGCAGCAGGUUCACGCAACUGCUACUUCUGAAGGAUUUAAAAAAUCUGAAGAUCUUUCUUCUGUUCGAGAAGGUUUAAGUGGGAUGAGGAGUAAUGGGUAUAAAGGUAGUGACCCGUUUUUGCAGAUAGGAAGCAAUGUAGUUCCUAUGAACAUGAAUGGCAGUGGAAAGAUCAAACCAAGUACUUAUGCGAAGCAUGCUGUAGUGUAUGUUGGAUUUGAGCAUGAGUGUUCCCAUGGCCAUCGUUUCUUAUUAACUCCAGAGCGUCUCAAUGAGCUUGGUUACCCAUAUUUGUCCCCUGAAGAUUCUAAUUUUCCUUCAUGUUGGGAAAUUUCUGAGCAGAAAGUUGAAGGGAAAUUGAACUUGACUAAGAAUGGUGGCCAAGAAAAAAAUUAUUCACAGUCCAAUGAAAUGGCUGGUACUGUUGUGAAUAAGGUGAAAAUUUCAAAUAGGUCAAAGGAGACAAUGGCUGGUGGUAACCAAUAUUGGGAUGGAACACACUUGAAAUCUGUAAAAGACCUUGAAGAGAACCUUCAAUCUAUUACACUUGAUGAUGGUGGGUCUGCAUUUUCCCUUCUGAAUAGGAAUUUGCCAUUAUAUAUGAACUGCCCAUACUGCAGAAGAUCAAGGAGUAAGAAAGAUACACAGAAUCUCAAGUUCGCAAGUACAAUAUCACAGCUUCAAAGGAUUUUCCUGGUCACACCUCCAUUUCCGAUUGUCUUAGCAACAUCUCCACUUAUACAGUUUGAGUCCUCACGCCUACCUUCAUCCGUACCGGAUAAGGAUCAACAGUCAAAGUUCAACCUCGGGUGUCGAGUUAUCUUACCUCCAGAGAGCUUCCUUACACUUAGACUCCCAUUUGUUUAUGGUGUGCAACUGGAGGAUAGAAGUCUACAUCCUCUAAACUGCCUUGAGCAUCCACCAGAACUAACUGCCUGGAUUACCAAAGGCACAGCAUUGCAGGUUAUGUCCAUUGGAAGCACUCUUCAUGAAGGAGAUCAGUUGUGACUUAUAAAUACUUGACUAAGAUCUUGGCUAUUAGUUUGAUUUGCUUGGGAGUUGGUAAACCCAGACUAUCAACUGCACCAUUCAGCCUCAGUGCAGAUUAGGUUGUUCAUGGAUUACAGUAAUGGUGCAGUGAUUGAUUGAUGAGCUUCAUGCCCACAUGAGCAAGAGAGAGUUCAAGCAUACUCAAGUUUUUUCAGAUAGUACUUAUGAGGGUAUUAGAUCAUGGAUGCAAUUAUUGAUGGAAGCUUCUGAUCUUGAUGGUUAUAUUGACCGGGAUGGAAUCAGGUUGGGUAUGCAUUCGGUGUUUUGGUAACCCAAUCCAGCUGGCUCUACCACUAGCAUCACUCCUCAUCUAGCCCAAAACCCAGCCCGUGCACAGAGAUAAUUACUUUGGUUAAUUACUUUAUCUGACUUUGUCAGUAGCUUUCUGAUCGAAGACACUAUUUUCAUUCUCAAGUUGUGAGUUUAGCUGCUAUAUUAAUAUGUUGCAACUGUAAGAAUAUGAAGAAUGGUUCGCUGGACAACACAAAGUGAUGUUCAAACUGGCAUGAGACUCCCAUCUAAUGGUUCAGGGCUUUGAACUGACAGGAUGAAAACUUUACCGAUGAACCACAGUCGUCUUCAGCACAUUGUAGCUUCUGCUUUCAUAUGAUUAGAUAAAUGUUGCCAACCCAAGGCUGAAGAACUCAGGUAAAUGAAGCCCUUUGGUUCAGUCGUGACAUAUAACUGUGGUUGAGGAGACCAGUUACAUGAUUUAUUACUUUUUCAUAUAAUAAAUACUAUUAUUUUUUA